AUGAUGCUGUCCCGCCAGCCCGUGUUCUCCGAAUUCGAGAACCGCUUGGGUACGGCCUGAUCUACAUCCGAAGCCAGAUGCGCGCGCCAGUGGCCGAAGAUGUCGCAAAGCGAUGACCUUGCUCAAGCCUCAUAUUGCCGGGAAUUCAGGGUGCACGCUCGUCCGUCCUUCGACCCACCGUCGUGUCGCCCCCCAUGGCCUCCUCCAUUUCCGACGACAAGCGCUCCACGAGCACGCUCGAUGAGAAGCUCGACGCCGAGAGGCAGGCACAAGUCAUCCCCGCGGUUGCGGAGUUUGAUGAUCCCAAUUUCGACAAGGACGCCAUCGGCGCCCUCGAGGAGGAUUCCCCCUACCCCGAGGUGCGGUCCGCCGUCGCGAACACCGAUGAUCCCGACAUGCCCGUGAACACCAUCCGGGCAUGGGUUAUCGGCCUCGCCUGGUCCAUCCUCAUCCCCGGCAUGAACCAGUUCUUCUACUUCCGGUAUCCUUCGGUCACCGUCGGAGGCAUUGUCGCUCAGUUGCUCUCAUUCCCGAUCGGGCGUCUUUGGGCACGCUUCCUGCCCAACGUGAAGCUUUUCGGCGUGUCUCUAAACCCUGGUCCGUUCAAUGUCAAGGAGCAUGUCCUCAUCACGAUCAUGGCGACGGUCGGUUACCAGUCAGCGUAUGCGACGGAUGUCAUUGCCGUGCAACGCGUAUACUACGGCCAGAUUUACAACUUCGGCUAUCAGUGGAUGCUUGUGAUGUCCACGCAACUCAUCGGUUUCUCCAUCGGUGGUAUUGCUAAGCGGUUCUUGGUCGCGCCCCCCUCCAUGAUUUGGCCGGCUAACCUCGUCACUUGCGCACUGUUCAACACUCUCCACUCUCAGCAGUACAGCGGUAUGGGUACCCGCGGCGGUAUCUCUCGCGAGCGUUUCUUCACGUUCGCCUUCCUGGGCUCGCUCGUCUGGUACUUCUUCCCCGGCUACAUCUUCCAGGCCCUUGGCUUCUUCAACUGGGUCUGCUGGGCUGCUCCCGACAACAUUGUCGUCAACCAGCUGUUUGGGUACUACAGCGGCCUCGGCAUGUCGCUCAUCACCUUCGACUGGUCCCAGAUCGCGUACAUCGGCUCUCCGCUCGCGACCCCGUGGUGGGCGUCCGCGAACGUCGCCGUGGGCUUCGUGUUCUUCUUCUGGAUCCUCACGCCCAUCCUUUACUACACCAACACGUGGUACUCUAAGUACAUGCCGAUCUCCUCCCGCACGUCCUUCGACAACACCGGCGCAGCGUACGACGUCUCGCGCAUCCUCACACCUGAGUCGACGCUCGACCUGGCGAAGUACCAGGCAUACUCCCCCCUCUUCCUCUCGACGACUUUCGCCAUCUCCUACGGUCUCUCCUUCGCAGGCAUCACCGCAACGAUCGUCCACACUGCACUGUAUUACCGCAAGCAGAUCUGGAUUCAGGCCCGCCGCUCGCUCUCGGAGCAGCCCGAUAUCCACGCCCGCCUCAUGUCGCGCUACCGCCAGGUGCCCGAGUGGUGGUACUCUCUUAUUUUCGUCACCAUGUUCGUCUUUGCCGUCAUCUGUAUCGAAGUGCUCGACACAGAGAUGCCUGUUUGGGCCCUCGUACUCGCUCUAAUCAUUGCUUUCGUCUACACCGUCCCCAUCGGUAUGAUCCAAGCCAUCACUAACCAGCAGAUCGGUCUCAACGUUAUCACGGAGCUUGUCAUCGGUUACGCGCUGCCCGGCCGUCCCAUUGCGAUGAUGAUGUUCAAGACCUGGGGCUACAUCACUAUGUACCAAGCGCUGCAGUUCACGUCUGACUUCAAGCUGGCGCACUACAUGAAACUCCCCCCCCGCCCGCAGUUCUUCGCGCAGGUCAUCGCCACGGCUAUCGCCGGCACCGUGCAACUCGGUGUACAGGCGUGGAUGUUCACCAACAUCGACAACAUGUGCGAUCCCCACCAGAAGGACGGCUUCAUCUGCCCCGGCACCGAGGUCUUCGGCACUGCGUCGAUCAUCUGGGGUGUCAUCGGUCCGCAGCGCCAGUUCUCGCACGGCCAGGUGUACUACGGCCUGCUCUUCUUCUUCCUCGUCGGCGCCGCGGCCCCCGCCGGCAGCUAUCUCGCGUCUCGUCGCUGGCCGAACUCGUUCUUCAAGUACGUCAACUUCCCGGUCAUCUUUUCCGGCGUUGGGUACAUCCCGCCCGCGUCGGCGCUCAACUACGUGCCCUGGACGAUCGUCGCGUUCGUCUUCAACUACGUUAUCCGCCGCCGUCAUUUCUCGUGGUGGACGAAGUACAACUACAUCCUGUCCGCCGGUCUCGACUCGGGCGUUGCCAUCUCGGUCAUCGUCAUCUUCUUCGCCCUUCAGUAUCCGAAGGACGGCACGAUCGGCGCGAAAAACCUUGCAGUGUGGUGGGGGAACACCGUCUCCACGAACACUGCGGACUACAACGGCACGCCGCUUCUCCCCAUUCCGGCCGACCGGGGCUUCUUCGGGCCAGAGCACUGGUAAAAACGUGUCUGUCUGUAUUUACGUCUAUGUGCAUUGCGGGCAUAGAGUGAAGAUAUGCGGCCUUGUUUUGAGUAUGGGCCAAAUGUUGUACGUUACAUUAAUGACAGUGUGAUCUACGAAGUUCGGGUUUGAAGCAGAAACGUACGAAGCUGAUGUACGCUCAUUCCCAAUGCC